GCUCCAUCUAGUGGUGCCAAAGACACAAAUCAGAAAUUAAUCUGUAUUGAAUAAAACAAUAAAACAACAAAGACCUUGCCCAAAAGUUGGAGUACUGUUUGGAGCCAGAAGGGCGUAUGUACAUAUACGCCCUUGUGGCUUUGAGUAAUAACAGACCCUGCAGUGUAUUUCAGAGUCAAAAGGGCGUAAAAUAGGUGGUGCCUAGUGCUAAAAUGGCUGACAGGAUUGCAGACAUGCAAGAACUGUCUGAGGCAGAAAAGAUUUUGAUCAGUAUAAUAAGGGAAAGUGAUGAAAUUGAAGAUGAGAUUGCUCCUCAUUUCAGUGAUGGAGGAACAGAGCCACACAAUGUAAGCGAUUGCGAUCUGCUUGAGAAGCACAUGCAGACAGCACCUGAUGAGAGGACAUUUGAGGAGAGAGAGACAGAUAAGGACAUUGAAGAUAGCGAAAAAGACAAGGAGACAGCACAGCAAGAUGGAGGGGGAGAGAGAGACAGGGCUAGAGAUGCAACUAAUGAGGGACACACAGAGGCAGAAGGGACAGUAAUUGUGCUAGAGGUUAUUCAGGAGGGAGAGGCAGAAAAUGAACAGGAGGAGGAUGCCAACACACAAAGAGGAAGGAAAAGACAGAGAAAUGUUGAAAAUUGGAAAAGGAACAAGCGUAAAAGACUAAGAAAUUCUGGAAAAAGUUACGUAAAUUCAAGAGGGUUGCCGGUCCAAGGAAGGAGGGUGAGGGAAAAGAACUGUGCUUCCUGCCGCUACAGAUGCAAUGAAAAAUUUCCAGAGGAAGUGCGAGAUGCAGCAAGGCAGAAAGACUACAUUCUGAACCAUGUCAUCAAAGUAGAGAAAAGAAACAAGGAAAAAGUGUCAAGAAGAAGUAAUACAUUUGAGUAUUAUUUAACAUCUGAUGGACAGCAGGUUAGAGUGUGCAAGGAUUUUUUUUUGAAGACCCUUGAUAUGUCAGAGAAGUUUGCAAGAUCGGCAGGCGGCCUUAGGCAUAGUGAGUUGGGAAUGACCCCUCCAAGCAAGAAAAGGCGCCAUACACCUCAGAACAAAGUGCCUGAGAGCAGCAAAGACAAAAUCCGAGAGCACAUCAACUCCUUCCCGACACUCGAGUCUCACUACUCCCGGAAAGACACAAGCAAGCUGUACCUGGAAGGAUCUCUUAAUCUGGUAAAAAUGUAUGCAUUAUAUAAACAGAAAUGUGAACAAGAGUGGAACAUAGAACCUGAAAAAUUAAGUAUGUACAGAUCAGUGUUUGACAAGGAGUUUAAUAUGGCCUUCCAUACUCCUAAAAAAGAUGCGUGUAAAUACUGCGAGUGGUACAAACGUCUAGAAGACCACGAAAAAACAAAGCACCGUGAUGAAUAUGAUGCCCACCAAUUAAGAAAGACCAAGGCAAGAGAACAGAAAGAAACUGAUAAAAAGAGAGCAAAAGAAGAUGAGUCAUGCAAGGUGGUCACUUUCGACCUAGAGCAAGUCUUGACAACUCCCUGGAGCAAUGUCAGUAGCCUGUUCUACUCACGCAAGCUCAGUACAUACAACCUUACAGUGUAUGAAUUGGGCUGUAAAGAUGUCGACUGUUACAUGUGGCAUGAGGGGGAAGGUGGCCGUGGAUCUUCUGAGAUCAGCACAUGUGUUUACAAGGACUUAGUCCUCAGGUGAAACAUGCAGUUCUGUAUUCAGAUACUUGUGGAGGACAGAACAGAAAUGCAGCGUUCAGCACUAUGUGCUUGCAUGCUGUGAGCUCGCUGCCCCUCUCAACCAUUGACCACAAGUACAUGGAAUCGGGGCACAGCCAAAUGGAAUGCGACAGUACAGGCGCAAAGUAUGCAUCUACUCCCCUGAUGGGUAUUACACACUGGUGAGGAUGGCAAGGCAGGGAAAGAAGCGUGCAUGAGCUUCUGCACAAUGACUUCCUUGAUUUCAAAUCCCUCUCCAACCACACACUGAAGAACCGAUCAAAAGAUGAGGAGGGACAACCUGUCCAUUGGCAGAAGAUAAAGUGGUUCCGCUACAUGAAAGAGGACCCAAAGGCGAUCUACUUCAAGUACGAUGUCACUGCCCCAACCUUCAAAAAGAUGAUGGUACGCCAACCAACCAGAGCCAUACAACCACCAAGCUCACUGUAUGAAAGUCCCCCAUGCAUAAAUGCCUUGGAAAAAAAGGAUCUCCUCACACUUUGCACCAAUGGGAGUAUUCCUCAUUAAUAUGCAGAGUUUUACAACUCCCUGAAAGUAAUAGGCACUGACAGUACAGAAGUGUAGUUGACAAGUGGAAUGUGUAAACAUGACAAAUGAAAUUGAAAUUAAAUGUUAAAUGUCAAAGAAAUUAAAUGUUUAAGUUUUUUAAAUGUUUUAAGUUGAA